CACCUGGACAACAGAGAGGCCCGAGGGGGAAUCAGUCACUCGGCUGAUGGACAGGACUCCAAGACGGCCAACACCAACAGCUUCACUCAACGCCUCAAAGGAACGCUCCAGAAGAUCAGGGAGUGCACUCUAAUCGGACAAAGGAAACGGAGAGACAUCUCAGAUCUGACCCCCAGUGCUCUGCGCCUGGACGUGAAAAUGAGAUUAGACUCGGAAUCAUAGUAUUCCUCUCCACCUGGACUUCUUUCCACUUGAUGCCUCAGGGUUUUUCUUUUCCUACUAGUUUAUUGUCACGGCUACUCUACUUCCAGGACUUACACAAUAAUCAGUGGCUGUCACUAUGGUCCUCUUGACAAAGGGGGACAAUGUCUGGGUGGACUCUGAUAUCGGGGUGGCCGUUGGAGCUCGGGUGAAGAAGGUUGAUGCUCACAGCUGCAUAGUCGUGGAUGACACAGGCAAAGAGCGUGUGUUGAGCCAUGGGAAUGGCAGUGCGGUCAGUCUGAUGCACCCUACGUCAGUGGAGGGCGUGUCCGACAUGAUUCGCCUGGGAGACCUCAACGAGGCUGGCCUGCUGCGGAACCUUCAGCUGAGGCACAAACAAGGCUUUAUAUAUACAUACAUAGGCUCUGUAUUGGUGGCCGUAAACCCAUAUGAGCUGCUGCCCAUCUACACGGCGGAGCAGGUGCAUCGUUACCAUGGACGCCAACUAGGGGAGUUACCUCCCCAUGUGUUCGCCAUCGCCGACAGCUGCUACUUCAACAUGCGGCGCAACCACACCAACCAGUGCUGCAUCAUCAGUGGGGAGUCUGGUGCAGGUAAAACUGAGAGCACUAAGCUGAUGCUGCAGUUCCUAGCCGCUGUGAGUGGACAGCACUCCUGGAUCGAGCAGCAGAUCCUCGAGGCAAACCCCAUCCUAGAGGCUUUUGGUAAUGCCAAAACCAUCCGCAACGACAACUCCAGCCGCUUUGGGAAGUACGUGGAGAUCUUCUUCAACAAGAAAGGGGUGAUCGAAGGCGCUCACAUGGAGCAAUAUCUGCUGGAGAAGUCUCGUGUCUGUCACCAGGCCCCAAACGAGCGUAACUACCACAUCUUCUACUGCCUCCUGCUGGGGCUUCCGAAGGAUCAGAAGAAAAUUCUCUCCCUGGGCAAGCCAGAGGACUACAGCUACCUGCAAGCAUUAGUGUACAAAAGCCUGCGUAUGGCACAGACGACACCUGCCGUGGCAGAGAGGACAAGGAGAAGAGAGAGAGGAUCUAGCCGUGAACACGACUACUUCAGUGCAGACAAAAGACGUCACAAGAACUGCUGGGAAAUUUUUAAACUGCUUACUGCCAUCCUUCACAUGGGCAACAUAGAUUUCCAAGGCUCUAUCCUGGACAACAUGGACAGCAGUAACAUUUCAGCCUCUAACCACUUCACCAUGUCUGCCAAGCUGCUGGAGGUGGACACUGACAGUCUGGACGCCAGUCUUACCAGACGAACAUUCUCAACCAAUCGGGAGCGAGUUUCUAAACCUCUGAGUUCUGAGCAGGCCAGAGACACAAGAGACGCCUUCGUCAAGGCCAUUUACACCAAAAUGUUCUUGUGGCUGUUUGAGAAGAUUAACGUGGCCAUUCACAAAGCUCCAACCCAGGGGAUGGGCACGGGCUACCAGUCCAUUGGCCUCCUGGACAUCUUCGGCUUUGAGAAUUUCGUCACAAACAGCUUUGAGCAGCUGUGCAUCAAUUUCGCCAACGAGCAGUUGCAGCAGUUUUUCGUGCGGCACGUCUUCAAGUUGGAGCAGGAGGAGUACACGCUGGAGGACAUCUCCUGGCAACGCAUCGUCUUCACCGACAACCAGCCCACACUGGACCUGCUGGCCGUCAAGCCCAUGAACAUCCUGUCCCUCAUCGAUGAGGAGAGCCACUUUCCCAAGGGCACAGACAUCACCAUGCUGACCAAGAUCAACCAGGUGCACAAAAAAAGCAGCAUCUACAUCGCCUCAAAGAGUGACCACGACAUCCACUUUGGGAUCAAGCACUUCGCAGGCGCAGUGUACUACGACCCCACAGGGUUCCUAGAGAAGAACAGGGAUGCUCUUAGCUCUGACACAGUGGUCUGGUCAGAAGUCAGUAUCAAUAAACUCGUGCUCUUUGAGAAGGAGCUCAACGUCAACAACAUGAAGAAGAACAACAGCAAAGUGCUCAUGACUCCCAUCAGCUCAUUAAAGCAAGUGAAUGAGGCUCAUAGAGGGAAGACCACACUGAGCUCUCAGUUCCGCCAGUCUCUGGACACUCUCAUGAAAGCACUGUCCGUCUGUCAGCCACACUUCAUACGCUGCUUCAAGCCCAACCACACCAAAGCAGCCAAGGUGUUUGAUCGUGAGCUGUGUAUGCGUCAGUUGCGGGACUCUGGGAUGCUGGAGACCAUUCGCAUCAGGAAGUCGGGCUACCCCAUCAGACACACCUUCAGGGAGUUCCUGGGUCGCUACAGAGUGCUGCUCAACACCACCCGGUGUGACCCUCAUACUGAGUCUGAUGCUAGCUGCUGUGAAGCGAUCUGCAGAGCUAUCAUCAAACAGGAGGACGACUGGAAGAUUGGGAAGACCAAGAUAUUCCUCAAGGACAACCAUGACUCACUACUAGAGCGUGAAAGAGAGAGGGAGCUGCACAGAAAAGCCAUCAUCAUCACAAGAGUCAUGCUUGGACAUAAGGACAGACGGACGUUCCUGAAGAAGAGGAAGGCCGCUCUGGUCCUGCAGAAGGUGUGGCGUGGACACAAGGGGCGCAAACUCUUCAAAAAAUUGUUCCUGGGGAUAACACGGCUACAGGCUUGUGUGCGCGGUCGCCAUGACCACCAGCAGUACGAGCGCAGACGGGCCGCAGCGGUGACUCUGCAGACGCAGGCGCGCGGCUUCCUGUGCAGACGCCACUACGGUCGGCAGAAAGACGCUGCCUUACUGCUGCAGAAACACAUCAGAGGCGCACUCGCCAGGAAGACCGCACACAGACUCAGGACAGAUGCGUUCCUGUCGGAACAGGAGCACUUGGCCCGGGAGAAAACUGCACUCGAGCUGCAGCGCCGCCUCCAAGAGGUCCUCGACCAAUCACAGGCCGCCAGUUCCAAGCCUGGGCCAAUCAGUGAGCAGAAUCUAGUCAAGGCAGCGUUUGACUUCCUCCCAGAAAAGAAAAAUGAAGAAGAGACAAAGCAUGAGGUGGAGGAGGAGGAGCCUGUGCCAGUGCCCCAGGCCAGGCAGCGUGUAGAGGAGCAGACGCACAGAGAAGAGAGGGAUGAGGAGGAGGAGGAGAGACAGACGAGUGUGAAGAGGGGUGCAGAGAGACAGAAGAGUGUGAAGAAAGAGGCGCGGCCCCUGGCCGAGGGGCGCUUGAUCCUGCCCACGCCAAGACACUCACGAGCCGGGCGAGGGAGGAGGACGGGCUGGGAGUUUCCCUGCCGCUUUCAUGCCAAGCAGUACUUCCAGAGUCCCGCCACCGACGAGCACAUCCAUCAGAGACUCCGCAAACCGCUACUGCUGCACGAGACCAAGGAUGACACUGGUGAGCUGCCACAUACAAGACAUACAUUAACACUAAUAGCGUGUGUGAGCGUGUGGUGGAUCAUCUUGAGGUUCAUGGGAGAUCUCCCCGAGCCCAAAGCCAUUGUCACCAUCUCCCCCACCAACUCCACCAACUCCAUCCAACACAAGAGGGACCGGCGCCUCAGCAGCCUGGUCGGCUUGGACCAGAAAAUGCUCAGAAAAAACAAAAAGCAAAUAAAACUGGCUAACCGGAGGGCCUCUACUAUCCCAGAGGAGCCCGAUGGCCCCUCCACCUCAGUGGAAACUAGUAACGACAUUAUGAUUGGAGAAGGACCAACCUUCCACCGAACAAUGACAUCACUGGAGAAGCUGCACGUCAUUGUUGGAUACGCCCUCUCAAGGCCUGGCAUCAGAGAUGAGAUCUUCUGUCAGAUCUGCAAGCAGGUGACGAACAAUAAGAAUGAGCUGAGCCGUAAGAGAGGCUGGAUCCUCAUGGCUAUUUGUCUGGGCAUCUUCCCACCUACCGACCUCUUUAUGAGAUACCUGAGGAACUUUAUCCGCCAAGGUCCUGCUGAGUACUCCACCUACUGCAUGGAACGCCUGAGGCGGACUCUGACCAAUGGGGCGCGAGGAGAGCCAGCUUGCUGGGUGGAGCUAGAUGCGUGCCGCAGCAGGAAGCCCGUGCAGGUAAAGGUGUCUCUGCCGGAUGGACGGAGCCUAAACCUGCAGGUGGACUCCGCCAGCACCUCAGGCGAGAUAUGCAGCUCCAUCGCCAGGACAACCGGUAUCCGUGACGACUUCGGCUUCUCCCUCUACAUCGCAAUACAUGACAAGAUGUGGUCUCUGGGCAGUAAGGGUCAGCACCUGAUGGACUCCAUCUUCCUGUGUGAGCAGGAUGUGCGGCAGAAGGGCGGGGAGGAGCAGGGCGCCCCCUGGAGGCUGUCCUACCGCAAGGAGCUCUUCCCACCCUGGCCCGGCGGCCUGGACCCUGCCGCCACCGACCUCACCUACAGCCAGGUCAUCAGCAGCCUGCAGUCCGGGGAGUACCAGUCGGACAAGGAGGAUGACUUUGUGCAGCUGGCGGCGAUGCACUACUUUGUGAAGUUUGGCUCGGAGAGCAGCUCUGAGAAAGCCAGGCAGGUGGUGAAGGAGUGUAUCAACACCAACCUCAUAGAGACCAAGUCCGAGCCCAGGUGGAUACAGAUGGUGACUGCUGCUCACACACAGGGUGGCUAUAUAAAAUCUCAAAAAAGCACUGCAGCUGUGAAGCAGGAAUUGGUGGACUAUGCCAGGCGGACCUGGCCGAUGUUCUUCUCCCGGUUCUUCGAGGUCUCCUACAGAUCAGGUCCACCUCUCCCUCACGAGAACCUGAUUUUGGCGGUGAACUGGAGUGGAGUCUCUUUCUGCGAGUCGAUGGAGAGGGUCUGCAUGGAAGUGCCCUACGCGGAGAUGACCGACAUCAUCAUCAGUGAGGAAGACCCAUGUCCGGUGGUUUCGAUAUCCACUCUGAGGGGAGACAUCACCUUGGGCGCUGAGAAGGGGGCGGAGUUUGUGGAAAUGGUGGGCGGGUUUCUGGAUGGUCUAAAACAACGCUCAGCCUGUGGAGUUGCCCUGCAUGAUGCUAAUAAACAAGACGACCCAAUGUUCCUGAGUUAUCGCCGUGGUGACAUCCUCCUCCUCCACCGAGAUGACGAGUUCUCCCAAGAGAGCGGCUGGCUGACCGCCACUAACGAGAGGACGGGCCAGACCGCCGCCAUCUCCACCGACGCCAUCAUGGUCCUUCCCGCUAUGAGCCGGCCCACGGACGACACACUGAACUUGCUGAACCUGAACCCCGCGCAGAAGAGGAAGUCAAAAGACGAGCUUGUCACGGACAGAGUCACCCUGAUCAACCUCAAGGAAUUCUCCUUUGAAUACUUCAGGGACCCCAUGAAGGGAGGGAAGGGAGGUGCUGGCGGCCGUGAGAAGCUGUGGGCCAACACCAGAGUUCCUCUGAAGCAGCCUCUCCUCAGGAGUCUGGCCGGGAACACGCAGCUGAGCAGCCUCGCAAUGCAGGCUUUCACGGCCAUUAUGAAGUACAUGGGGGAUUACCCAGUCAAACAGGUCCGUAGCCCUCUAGAGCUGACCAAUCAGAUCUUUGGCCCGCCCACCCAGCAUCCUGCACUAAGAGAUGAGAUAUACUGCCAGAUCAUGAAGCAGCUGACCAAUAACAACAACGGUGUGAGUCUGGAGCGAGGCUGGCAGCUGCUCUGGCUGUGCUGUGGUCUGUUCCCGCCCAGUGAAACUCUGCUCAAGCACACCCAGCGCUUCAUAGAGUCGCGACCCAGAGAGCCACUCUCAGCCACCAGCUUACAGAGACUGCGCUCCAUCCUGAGUGUGACUCCUAGGUUGCUGCCUCCUCAUCAGGUGGAGGUGGAUGCCAUUCUGCAGAACAGCACACAACUCUUCCAUAAAGUUCACUUUCCCAAUGACUUAACUGAGAUCUUUGAGGUGACCACCACUACUAAGAUCUGUGAUCUGUGUCGACAAAUAGCUUCCCACCUGAGGCUCAACUCUGCUGAUGGCUACAGCCUGUUUGUCAAGACCUCUAGCAAGGUGUUGAGUUUAGAUGAUCAUCAGUACUUCUUUGAUAAUCUGCGUCAGACGACUGAGGCAACCAGGAAUAAAAAAGAGAAGAAACCAAAAGAGGGUGUGCAGCUCACCAAUCCGUAUUUGGUGCUCUUCAUGCGUAAGCUUUGGUUCAAUGUGGUUCCGGGGAAAGAUGUCACCGCAGACCUCAUCUUCCAUUUCCCUCAGGAGAGGCCAAAGUACCUGCGUGGCUACCACAACUGCAGCCGUGAGGACAUGCUCACCCUGGCUGGACUCCUCUUCCGGGUCAAAGUGGACUCGGACCGCUCCCAGUUCGUCAUGAUCCCCCGCAUGCUCAAAGAGCUGGUGCCAGAUGACCAGAUGAAGCUCAUGUCCCCUGACGACUGGAAGAAGCAUAUUAUCUCCUCCUAUAAUAAGCAAGCUGGAAUCUCAGUAGAAGAAGCCAAAGUCAGCUUCCUCAGACACAUUGCUGCCUGGCCAACCUUUGGGUGUGUCUUCUUCGAGGUCAAGCAAACAUCUGACCGCAGCCUCCCCAGCAUCAUCAGGAUCGCCAUUAGCAAGCAGGGAGUCAGCAUCAUCAACCCCAUGACCAAGGAGCAGUUGGCCAUGCAUCCCUUCAGUCAGAUCACCAACUGGUCAAGCGGCAGCACCUACUUCCACAUGACACUCGGCAACCUGGUCAAGGGGAACACACUCCUGUGUGAGACAUCUCUGGGCUACAAAAUUGAAGACCUUCUUAGCUCUUAUGUCAACAUGUAUAUGACUGAGAGACAGUGGAGAAAGCCCAGGCUCUCAAUCUUCCCUGUCUGAACACUCUCACACACACGCACGUACAUACGCACACACACACACACACACGUACACACACAUACACGCACACACACCGAACACACACACACACACGCACACACACACACACA